AUGGAGCACUCAGGGGAAGUAAAAGGGCCCAGCUCACGCUGUCACUGUGACAGCGGCGUGCGUCGGACUGCGUCACAGCACACGGCGGCCCUGGACACUGCAUUCGGUAAAGAAAAAGACAAAGAGAAGAAGUUAGAUGAUGACAGCACCGGUACCACAGUCCCUCAGUCAGCUUUCUUGGGCCCAACAUUAUGGGACAAGACACUGCCAUACGAUGGAGACACUUUCCAGUUGGAAUACAUGGACCUGGAAGAAUUCCUCUCGGAAAAUGGCAUUCCACCCAGCCCAAACCAGCACGAGCACAGCCCACACCAGUCAGGUCUCCAGCAAGCUACCUCAGCAUCACCUUCUGUCAUGGACCUCAGCAGCAGGGCUUCUACUUCAGUCCAUCCAGGCAUGGUGUCGCAGAACUGCAUGCAGAGCCCGGUCAGACCAGGUCAGAUCCUGCCAGCAAACCGAAACACACCAAGUCCCAUUGAUCCUGAGACUAUCCAAGUUCCUGUUGGCUACGAACCUGACCCUGCAGAUCUUGCUCUUUCCAGUAUUCCUGGCCAGGAGAUGUUUGACCCUCGUAAGCGCAAAUUCUCUGAAGAAGAGCUGAAACCACAGCCGAUGAUUAAGAAAGCUCGCAAAGUCUUCAUUCCAGAUGACCUGAAGGAUGACAAAUACUGGGCAAGGCGUAGAAAGAACAACAUGGCUGCGAAGCGAUCGAGGGAUGCCCGCCGGCUGAAGGAGAACCAGAUCGCCAUCCGCGCCUCGUUUCUGGAGAAGGAGAACUCGGCUCUCCGCCAAGAGGUGGCCGACCUACGGAAAGAGCUGGGCAAAUGCAAGAACGUCCUUGCAAAGUACGAAGCUCGACACGGCCCCCUGUAAAUUCCAGGAGACGACCAGGAUUUGUCUCUUUUUUUCUUUUUCUUUUUUUUUUUUUUUUUUUGUUGCGGGUUGGCGUUUGAAUAGAUGGACAAUGUGUUUCCUGUUUGAUAGCACCACACCCAAACCAACCUUUCUGUCUUCAGCACUUUACCAGAAGCAGAAACAAAACUGACUUGCGUUACUUUUUUUUGUUUGCGUAUGCGUGUACCUGCGUAUGUGUGCACAUGUGUGUUCACACGUCUGUAUAUGUGUGUGCGCGCGCUUGUGUGUGUGUGUGUGCAUGUGCGCGCGGGUGCGUGCGCACGCAUCUCAGCACUUCCCAUUUUUAUGAAGCCCUCUUCAAAGGGUGCCACAUUUUUACCUGGACUGUUGAGAACCGCCAUAGCAAGCUUUUUAUUAUAUUUUUUCAGUGCUGCUUCAGAGUAGGGUUUUUAUGUUAUUGUAACCAGUUCCAUCCUCCUGAUUUACUUGGAAAGAUCCCAGUAUAAAUUAUAAAAAAAAAAGGAAAAAAAAAAAAAAGAAAAAAGAAAAAAAAGUAGAUCUCAGUUUUUUCGAGAGUAACAAGCUAUUGUUUAAGUAUGUCUAAUCAGAAAAGUUAACAUGCUAAUAAAGUGCACAAAUAAUAAUUUAGUACUACACUGCAGAAAUAUUAAUUUAUAGAUUGCUUUUGUUGUAUUUUAAGUUUUGGUGAUAAUUGUCUUCAGAUUUAAAGUGCUGUUAGACUGAGUUAGCUAUACUCAUUAUAGAUCCCAUAAUGGCUUCUCUGUAGCUAUUAAGGUUCCUUUUCUUUCCACGGACCCCAGGUAGGUAGGAGUACUGCUGAUAGACCACGGAGUGUGUAUUUUGCACUGUCUGUACCUGAAGCAAUAAUCCUAUUGUACGCUAGCGCGCAUGCUGCCCGGAUGUUCCUAGUGGACGUAGGAUGGUUUCCCUACCCAACAGGAGUUUUGAUGUCUUUAACAAAAAGUUAAAAAGUAAAAGACACGUUAACGUGAGCAUGCUAAUUGUACCCCUGCUGUAGGGAGCGCAUGUAUAAGAAGCAGGAUAAUUAGUUGAACGAGAACAAAAUUAAUAGUAUCGAAUCAGAUCCGAUGUCAAAAUCAGAGGGGCUUUUCGGUUUUCAGUUGGUUAUGCAUUUCUUCAAGUUCCAUUUUGUGACUAACAGUUAAAUAAAUACCUAAAUUCAGUUGUUUUUUCCCAUGUUCUGUAAUAUAUUUUCUGUGGAUUAUAUCUUGCUGUUUUAAAAAUCACUUUUAUUCAGUUAGAAGAAGUCACUGGUUUGCAAAGCCCAUUUUUCCUAGUGAUUGUCGUUUUGAGUGUGACAUGAACUGAUGGUUCUGAACUUUCUUGUUUUGAACUCUCUAUUUGCUUUUGAACACGUAUGUUCUAAGAUAAAGUGGACUUCUGAAAAAUGAAUGUAAGAGACACUGGUGUAUUUCAGAAGGGGAUGGUGUUGUCACAUACUGUGGUUAAUCCAAUCAAUCUAAGUGUUUACUAUAGACCAAAAGAAUAGAUAUUAUAAAAUGUAUAAAGUUUAUACAGAAUAAUUAUAGUAUGUUCGUUUUGUACAGUAUUUUUCAAGUACAAAUACUGACAAUGUAUUUUGAAAGACAUAUAUAUAGCAAAAAGAAAAAGCUAUUCCAUGUUUAAAAUAUAUAGCAAAGAUAUAUAUUCUCCAUUAUUGUACAGAAAGGAAAUGCUUAGGGGUUUGUUGGUUGUUUUGUUUUUUUUUUUAAAUCUUUAAUAUUUUAAGCCUACCACUGGCACACCGGCAUGUUCUGUGCUUUAAAUUAAAUUUUUAUGGAAGUAAUAUGGCUUUCCAGGAUGUUCCAUAUUACUGAAAAAGAGAGACUUUGUUAUUUUCCAUCAGAAACACAUAAAGAAACUGUUUAAUAGGGACAAAGCACAACACGGAUUUUAGUCAACUAUUGAUUGGACACUACAAUAUUUUGUAAAGGCAGAAAAAUAAUAUAUAACUCAAAAAAAAACUCGUAGUCAUUUCUAAUCUGCUGCUGCUGCUAGAAUCUGUUUCCAGCUGAGUUUUUUUUUUAUAAAUAGCUCUGUUCAUGUAUACCGUUGUACGUACUGCAUCUGGUUAUUAACAUGUGAGGAAAAUAUGGUGCUACAUGUCUUGCUCACAGUUUUCUAAGUGUUUUGACAUUAUUUUCAAAUAAAAAGGUUGUUCA